AUGGAAAAACAGCAGCAGUUCGAGUACGUCAACACACCGGCAGGGGCGCCGACGGGCCUGGUCGAACGACACCAUCAUAACACCAACAGCAGUAACAAUAAUAACAACUACCACGACAUCCACACAAGAACACCGGAACCGUUCCUCCAAAAAUACCUAGGAAAUCCCAAAUAUCUUCUGCCCUUAAUCGGUGCUAUUUUCUUGCUAGCGGGGCAUUUCAAUGGAUUUCUCUCAAAACGUGCCGAUGUGGACCUGACGAAUGCAAUCGAGGUCUUCAAACCACAUUCCCCGCCGGCUUUGACAAUAGACGAACGAACAGAUCGUAUUCUAUCUUCUGUUCCCCUGAUUGAUACCCAUAUCGACCUCCCAAUCCUCGCCAGAGCUCUCUACCAAAACCACAUCAACGCACCGAACUUCACCGUUCCCUUCAAAACUGGUGGUUUAUACGGCCAUAUCGAUAUCCCACGCCUCAAAACUUCAAAGCUAGGUGGUGUUUUUUGGUCAGUUUUUACACCAUGUCCGGCAGAAUCAAAGGAUCUGUCGGAAUCCUUCAAAAAUGAAGUUUAUUACGAAUCAAUUCACGAUACUAUCCAACAAAUCGACCUGAUGAAGAGGAUUGUACGGAACUUUCCGAAUGACUUUGGAUUUGCCAAAUCGGUGGAUGAAUUCGAGGAUGUGUUUUAUAAAAGUGGUGGUAGUAGGAUUGCGAGUGUUUUGGGAAUUGAAGGGUUACACCAGAUCGGAAAUUCGCCGGCUGCUAUUAGGUUGUUUUAUGAGGUUGGAGUGAGAUAUAUCACUCUAACACAUAAUUGCAAUAACCUUUAUGCCGAUGGUGCAAUCGUACCCGCACCCCACUGGAACGGUCUAAACCCCAAACUAGGUCCCGGCUUAAUCCGCGAAUUCAACCGUCUAGGAAUGAUAAUCGACCUCUCCCACGUCUCAGCCGCCACAAUGCGUGACGUCCUCUCCAUUUCCGUCUCUCCCAUAAUCUUCUCCCACUCAUCAUCCUUCUCCCUAACCCCCCACCCUAGAAACGUCCCAGAUGACGUCCUUCAAUUGGUCAAAAAGAAUGGAGGAGUAGUACAAGUCAAUUUCGUACCGGACUUUGUAACACAAUCAGGGGAUGGAAAGGCUGGUUUGGAAGAUGUGGCGGAUCACGUUGUUUACAUUGCUGAAAAGGUUGGAUGGGAACAUGUGGGGUUUGGAAGUGAUUACGACGGGAAUGAUGUUAUGCCUGAUGGAUUAGAGGAUGUGAGUAAGUAUCCACAACUGAUUAAGGAGUUAUUAAGGAGAGGAGUGAAGGAUGAAGAUGUUAAGAAGACUACUGGAGGCAAUGUCUUAAGGGUUUGGAGGGAGGUCGAGCGGAUUGCUGAGAAGUUGCAGAAGGAAGGGGAGAAGGAGCUGGAGGAUGAAGUUGAGAAGAUGAAGUUUGAAUUGUAA